AUGUCAUCCCUCCCGAAACUUUCCACCCUGGUUACAUGGGCUCUAUAUUUCAUCCCAGUCUAUAUCUUCAUCCUCUCUCCCCUCCUGCAAACCUUCUUCGGCUCUCGCACCACCACCACGACCCACUCCUCCGACACCGAGAACAUAUUCGACUACUGGACUGGCCCAGACUCAAGUCCAGCACCAGAACUCAGAGACGACAGUUUCAUCAGUCCGGACGAUGGUGUACCAGAAACAUGCCCCGGCGAGCCUGCUGGAUAUAAAGUGCAUUUGCUUUCACGCGCACCACUCAUUCUAUACCUAGAGAACUUCCUUGGUGACGAGGAAGCAGAUCACCUAGUUGAUAUCAGCCUCAACAAAUACACCCCUUCAAUCGUCUACGACGGCCAAACCGAACAAGUCGACCCGACCAAACGCCUCUCAGACCGCGCCCUCCUCGACCGCGACGACACAGUCCGCUGUCUCGAAGACCGCGCGCGCGCCUUCCAGGGCUGGCGCCCCCAUCUACAUAUCGAGCGCAUGUGGGCACAGCGCUACAACGCCUCAGGCCACUACCAGCACCACUACGAUUGGGCGGGGACGCUCGCGCGCGGUGGAGACCGCCUGAGUACGUUUAUGGUGUACCUGGGUGCGGAUUGUGAGGGCGGGGGCACGAAUUUCCCCCGACUGAAGAUGCCGCCUGGGGAGCAGUGGUGUCGAUUUUUGGAGUGCGAGGAAGGCGGUGCCGAGGCUCAGGGACAGGAUCAGAUUCCUGGGGUAAUUCCGAAGCAGAAACCUGGUAUCACGUUCAAGCCUAUUAAGGGGAAUGCGAUCUUUUGGGAGAAUUUGCGGGCUGAUGGGUCGGGGUAUGAGGAGACUUGGCACGCCGCGUACCCGGUUACGUCGGGGACGAAGGUGGGAUUGAAUAUUUGGAGUUGGUAUCAGCCGCCGAUGCGGGCGCGAAGGGGUUGA